AUGGCUUCUGCACAUGUGAAGAGAUACAGGAGAGAGCUUCUGCAACAGCCAGCCUAUUAUCCUACAGGAAAGAGGACUGGGAAUUUCAGCACUACAAGAGCUCUGUACCUCCCCAGGUCUGCAUUUCACCUCAGCUUCAAUCCACAGGAUCACAGACUGAAUCUGUUCCUCCUGGUUAGUUCCUCUCUGCCCUAUCCCAGAGGGAAUGAGGAACCUCUGUUGGGUAAAGGAGGGAAGACACUGGCAACUGUGGAACCUAAUAUUAGGGUGCCAUUUGCAGCACCCAUUUUCAAUGCAGCAGUGAUCUCGAUGGCAUCAACAUCUGCCUUAUCUCAGCAUCCCAGCAGCAAAUCAAGCCCAUUGCAAAAUGAAGGACAAAAAUGGAUGGUGCAGGACACAGAGCAGAGCUAUGUUGAUGCUGAGCAGGAAGAAAUAUCAGCUUACUCCCUGCUCACUGUCAGAAUCAUAAAGAUGACAAAUGCUCAUCAGGCAGACUUCUUAAGCCAGUCUGAUUGCUACGUGAGUCUCUGGUUGCCAACUGCUUCAGAUGAGAAAUUCCAAACAAAAACCAUCAAGAACUGCAGAGAUCCUGUGUGGAAUGAAACUUUCUACUUCUGGAUACAGAGAAAAGUCAAGAAUAUUCUAGAAAUGACUGUUUCUGAUGAUGACAUCUUUCGUGAUGAUGACCAUGCUAUUGUUCUUUUUGAUGUAGCUAAAAUCUCCCUUGGGAAAAGAGUGAUGGUGGCAUUCCCAUUGAAUCCACAGGGGAGUCAGGAGCUGGAAGUUGAGUUUCUCUUGGAGAACAUCCGGGAUCAUGCUGAAACCAUCAUCACAAAUGGGGCAGUAGUGUGCCGUGAGCUGGCCUGCUUGGAAGUUGAGUUUGACAGCAGGGUGAAAAAAAAACAGUUUGCAGAGAAUGAGCUAACGUUUACAGUGAGAGGAUCAUUUGAAGAAACGCAGAGAGUUUUACUGGGCUCUGGCUCCCGUUCCCCUCUCCCAGAUCCCACUCUCUUCCACUAUGCCAAAUACAAGCAACCCUCAUUGGAUGUUGCACUCACAAAGAAGAGGAGGAUUCCCAGCUUUUGUGCUUGUGUGACAUGCAGAGAAAGGAGGAGCAGAAGCAUCCCCCUGACUUUACCUCUGAAGUCGCUCCCUUCUGAGCAGGAAGCAGUCAGCAAGUGCAGAAAAUUUGGUUUGCUCUUCAAGACGAAAAAAUGCCAGGAAGACCUCGAUGUACGGCUGGGCUUUGACCUGUGUGCUCAGGAACAGGAUUUCAUUUGCAAAAGGAAGAAGGUUGUUGCGGCUGCUCUGAAGGACAUUCUUCAGUUGGAGGAGGACUUGGAGGACGAUGAGGUACCUGUGGUGGCAAUCAUGACCACGGGUGGUGGAACGAGAGCUCUGACAGCCAUGUACGCUCACCUUCUGAGCGUGCAGGAACUGAAUGUCUUGGACUGUGUUUCCUACGUCACCGGUCUGUCUGGCACAACAUGGACCAUGGCAAACUUGUAUGAAGAUCCUGACUGGUCACAGAAGAAUCUUAAGAAAACACUCAAUGAUAUCCGAAGGCACGUGCUUAAAAAUAAAUUCUUGGCUUGUUUUGCUCCAGACCGUCUGAAAUACUACUUGAAAGAGUUAUGCCAAAGGAAACAGGAAGGACAUCAGAUAAGUUUCACAGAUCUGUGGGGACUCAUCAUUGAAUCUAUGUUCCAUGACAAGGAGGACACCCAGAAGCUCACAGAUCAGCAGCAGGCACUAAACCGUGGUCAGAAUCCCCUGCCCAUCUACCUCUCCCUCAAUGUGAAGGAUAAAAUCAGCGACCAGGAUUUUAGAGAAUGGGUGGAAUUCACUCCUUAUGAGGUAGGAUUCCUGAAAUAUGGUGCCUAUAUUCGUGCAGAAGAUUUUGGCAGUGAGUUCUUCAUGGGUCAUCUGAUGAAGAAAAUCCCAGAAUCCAGAAUCUGCUUUUUGGAAGGGAUCUGGAGUAGUGUAUUUUCCCUGAAUCUUUUGGAUGCUUGGUACAUAUCUGUUCAUUCCGAAGACUUCUGGCACAAGUGGACCCGAGACAAAAUUACUGACAUUGAUGAUGAAACCCUGCUCCCUAAAAGACCGAAUGAGCUGGAAACUCGAGUGGUUUGUCCCACCGACAGCUUUUCAGACAUCUUCCGAGAUGUUGUCACGUUACGUCCAGCAGCUUCAGAAAUCCCUAACUUCCUAAAAGGCCUCCAGAUGAACAACAACUACCUAGAGAGCGAAUUUUCUAAAUGGAAAGACUGCGAGCUUGACUCUCAGCCCAACCACCUGACAGGAGCAGCAGACUACCUCAUCUUGAUCGACACUGCAUUUGUUUUUGCCACCAGUUACCCACCACUCAUGAGACCAGAAAGGAAAGUGGAUGUCAUUUUGCAUUUCAAUUACAGUUCAGGUUCCCAGACCAGGCCUCUGAAAGAAGCCUCUGAGUACUUUGCAAAACAAGGAAUUCCUUUCCCUAAGGAGGUACCAGAUGAUCAGGAAACACCACAUCUGAAGGAAUGCUACAUUGUUGGUGAAAAGGAGAGUCCAGAAACCCCUAUUGUAAUAUUCUUCCCUCUGGUAAAUGACACCUUCAGGGAAUACAAAGCACCUGGGGUGAGACGUAGUCCCUCAGAGAUGGCAGAGGGUGAUGUUGAUGUUACCAAUAGCUGUGGUCCAUACUACAUAAACAACCUGAGUUAUUCAGAGAAAGAUUUUGACAAACUGGUGAACCUAAGCUACUACAACGUCCAGAAUAAUAAAGACUUGAUUCUUCAGGCCUUGCGUGCAGCAGUGGAACGGAAAAAGCAGCAAAAGAAACAGCAACCACUGCAAAAACCACCACCUCCUGGUGAUGAUGACAUGGGUGUCCCCAACAGAGAGGUGUCCCAGCAUCUGCCCACCUGCUCAACAGUAGGGAAAAUGAAAUAA